AAAGCGUGCAUAUUAUCAAUUAAUUUACGAACCAGGAUAUGGUAGAGGCCUAGAGGGUAAAAUGACUCCAUUAAUUUUUCGUAGCGCUUACAAUCAAAUCACAUGUUCAAGUAGCCGGUCAUUUUGUCUUCAUCUCACAAAAUGGAUGCAUUUCGACAAUGAUGUUAUGAGAUAAGAUUUUAGAUGAUUAUCCAUUUACGUAUUAUAUUAUUACUUCUCCUCUAAGUCACCAACUGAUGUCAUUGUUUAAUAUUUUCUGAUUGCUAUAAAUAUGUAUUCUCUCCUCUUAUGUUUGUACGGCUGAAGUAAGAAGAAGAAAUAAAAUUAUCGCAACUCCUCUCUCUCUUUACGUUACCAAACAAAAGGACGUAGAACAAUUAACUCUUGUAACUCUUUUCUUACUUUAUUUAUAACACGUUAUCAGCACGAGGCCCUGACCAACUGAGGCUUAUCAAUCCAAAAGUUCUUAAACCAACCGAGUUAUCAUGUCGAAUUUGACAAAGCUCGAAAUUAAUGCCCUGGAUAUUACGGGAAAUAAUUAUAUGACCUGGGCAGUGGGUGCAAAGAUGCACCUGAGAGGAAACGGGCUUUUGGAAACCAUCGAUAGUUCAAAAACGGUGUCGGAUGAAAAAAAGGCUAAAGCCAUGAUAUUCUUACGACACCACAUCCAUGAUGGUUUAAAGGAUGAAUAUAUUACGAAAGAGGAUCCUUGUGACCUCUGGAAAUCUUUAAAAGAGAGGUUCGAUCACCAGAAAUAUGUGAUCUUACCGAAAGCUAAACACGAGUGGAUCCAUCUCCGGUUCCAGGAUUACAAAAGUGUUAGUGAGUUUAAUUCCGCGAUGUUCGGAAUUACUUCGAGGAUGAUGUUAUGUGGAGAGAAAAUAAGUGAUUAUGAUAUGAUCGAGAAAACUCUCUCCACGUUCCAUCCUGAAAAUGUAAUCCUGCAGCAACAGUACCGGGUGAAUGGAUAUACCCGUUACUCGGAGUUGAUGCAAGUCCUCCUUGUAGCGGAGCAGAAUAAUCAACUUGUGACUUUAAACCAUCAAGCUCGUCCCACCGGAUCUGCUCCAUUCCCUGAAGCGAAUGUUGCAUCAUCCAGUUAUGAUAAUAGAAGAGGACGAGGUCGUGGACGUGGUGGAAACCGUUAUCAUGGUCGUGGAAGAGGACGAGGAAGAAGAUUCCGUCCCUAUGAUGAAAGAAAUAAUAAAAACUUCCACGAAAAUGAAAGGAAUGAAAAGGGCCAGGAUGAUAAAAGGCAAACAGGAAAGGUUUGCUAUAGAUGCGGCAUGAAAGGUCAUUGGGUACGUAACUGUCGUACGCCAAAACAUUUAGCCGAUCUAUAUAGAGAAUCCCAAAAGGGAAAAGAGAAAGGAAGAGGUGAAACAAACUUCAUCUCUGAUGAACCUGGGCCAUCCUUUCAUGGUUUAAACGAUGAUACUCAUCUCGACGUAUCAGACUUUCUGGUUGAGCCAGAGAGUAUCGAUGAGUGAUGUAGAUCGAUGUGAUAUAAAUAAACUGUAUUAUAGUAUCUAUAUCUUUUGUUGUAAGAUAUAUGUUAUGUUUGUCAUGUUUGAUGUUUAAUAAUAUAUGUUUUAUGAAUAUUUUAUACUCAGAAAAAGGCCAAACUUUGAGACUAUGGAUGGAGAUCUGUGUUUGGCAGAUAGUGCGUCAACGCACACGAUAAUUAAAGAUAAGAAAUAUUUCUCCAGUCUCAAAAUAAAAGAUUACGCUGGAAGCGUAAGUACAAUAUCUGGUAAUGCAAAGAUUAUUAUGGGCUCUGGAAGAGCGAAAUUUUCAAUGCCAGGGGGAACAAUAUUUGAAAUAAGUGAUGCAUUGUAUUCCCCCGAGUCUCAUAGAAACUUGUUAAGUUUUAAGGAUAUCCGAAGAAAUGGAUAUCAUAUUGAGACUAUGAGUAAAGAUGGCAUUGAAUUUCUUUGCAUUAAGUCCGAGAGGAAACAUAUAUUGGAAGAGUUAAGAAUGUUAUCCUCUGGACUAUAUUGUACGAAAAUAACCAUGACUGAGUCCUAUGCCGUGGUAAACAUGAAGUUUACUGAUACAUUUAAGAUUUGGCAUGAGAGGCUAGGACAUCCUGGUUCAGUCAUGAUGAGAAAGAUAGUGCAAAAUUCGAAUGGCCAUCCGUUGAAAAACGGAAAUUUUUUGCAAACGGGCGAAUUUACAUGCAAUGCAUGUUCUCAAGGAAAACUUAUAACUCGGCCAUCACCAGCAAAAGUAGGCAAUGAAUCACCAAUGUUUUUAGAAAGAAUACAUGGUGAUAUAUGUGGGCCGAUCCACCCACCGUGCGGGCCAUUUAAGUAUUUCAUGGUAUUGAUUGACGCAUCUAGUAGAUGGUCAAGGGUGUCUCUUUUGACGACACGAAAUACGGCUUUCGCAAAGUUCAUUGCCCAGAUAAUAAAGCUGAGAACGCAGUUCUCAGAGUAUGCCAUUAAGAAAGUAAGGCUUGAUAAUGCUGGUGAAUUUACAUCACAAGCCUUUGAUGAUUAUUGUAUGUCAAUGGGGAUCGAUGUGGAGCAUCCAGUUCCCCAUGUGCAUACACAAAAUGGCAUGGCCGAGUCAUUGAUAAAACGGUUGCAGUUGAUUGCAAGACCGUUAGUCUUGAGAACAAAGCUCCCAAUUUCUGUAUGGGGACAUGCUAUAUUGCAUGCGGCUGCACUGGUUCGGUUAAGACCGAGUGCAUAUCAUAAGUACUCCCCAUUACAAUUGGCAUCUGGGCAAGAGCCAGAUGUAUCCCAUCUCCGUGUCUUUGGGUGUGCGGUCUAUGUUCCGAUAGCUCCGCCACAAAGAACAAAAAUGGGCCCACAAAGGAGAUUGGGAAUAUAUGUGGGUUAUACGUCACCAAGUAUAAUAAGAUAUCUGGAACCAGUAACUGGUGAUAUGUUUACGGCAAGGUUUGCCGAUUGCCAUUUUAAUGAAGAUGAAUUUCCAGUGUUAGGGGGAGGAAUUGGUAAAAUUCCUCAAGAGAUUACAUGGUGUACACCGUCGUUGUUACACCUUGAUCCCCCUACGAAUCAAAGAGAACUGGAAGUUCAGAAAAUUGUGCAUUUGCAUAAUUUGGCAAACCAGUUACCAGAUGCGUUCACAGAUACAAGAAGGGUGACGAAGUCAUGUAUACCCGCUGAAAAUGUUCCAUCAAGAGUUGAUGUUCCUAAAGAACAAACUGAUGGAAAUAAAAUGAAUGAACCUAGGGUUCAGUUAAAGAGGGGGAGGCCAGCGGGUUCUAAAGAUAAAAAUCCCCGAAAGAAAAAGAAAUUGGAUGAACAAAGUAAGGUUCUAGAAGAACCUGAUAUUUAAAGAUGUCUGAAAGAAGACAUAAAUAGAAAGGUUCCAGAAGAACCUGAUACUGAAAAAUGUCUGAAAGAAGGCAUAGAUAAAGAUGAUCCAGAUGACGAGAAGGGAACAGAAAAGUAUGAGAUUUCCAUCAACUACGCCCGAGAUGAAAAGUUAUGGAUCAGAAAUAAGAUAAAAGAUGUUGAUGGAAUGUUCUCCUUUUCUGUGUCCAAAGAGAUCGAUCAUGAAAAUGAUGAUCCCGAUCCAAGGUCCAUUUUGGAAUGUCAAAAAAGACAUGAUUGGGAGGAGUGGAAGAAGGCCAUUCAAAUUGAAUUACUCUCCCUAAAUAAAAGAAAUGUCUUUGGACCUAUAGUCAUAACGCCUGAGAACGUAAAUCCUGUUGGGUAUAAGUGGGUAUUCGUGAGAAAAGUAAAUGAAAAAAAUGAAGUAACACGAUAUAAAGCCCGAUUAGUUGCCCAAGGUUUUUCUCAGAGACCGGGAAUUGAUUUUGAGGAAACGUAUUCCCCGGUAAUGGAUGCAAUUACGUUUAGAUUUUUGAUGAGCCUAACGGCGUCUAAAAAUCUUGAGAUGCAUCUCAUGGACGUUGUGACUGCAUAUUUAUAUGGAUUGUUGGAUAACGAUAUAUAUAUGAGACUCCCUGAGGGAUUGAAAAUGCCUGAAGCAUUGAAAGAAAAAUCCAGGGAGAUUUGUUCGGUCAAGUUACAGCGAUCACUUUACGGAUUAAAGCAAUCCGGACGCAUGUGGUACAAUCGCUUAAGUGAAUAUCUUUUGAGUAAAGGAUAUGUGAAUAAUGCGAUAUGUCCAUGCGUUUUUAUAAAAAAAUCGUCAUCUGGCUUUGUGAUCAUUGCUGUAUAUGUAGACGACCUGAACAUAAUUGGAACUCAAAAGGAGGUUGAUGAUGCUCGAACUCAUAUGAAAGAGGAGUUCGAAAUGAAAGAUCUCGGCAAGACAAAGUUUUGUCUUGGGCUCCAGAUAGAGCAUCUCCGAGAAGGGAUAUUUGUGCAUCAAUCAAACUAUACGAAAAGGAUAUUGAAACGCUUUCGUAUGGACAAAGCGACUCCUUUGAGUACUCCAAUGAUAGGUAGAUCUCUCAAUGUUGAGAGUGAUCCUUUUAGGCCCUGCGAAGAUAGCGAGAAGAUAUUAGGUCCAGAAGUACCUUAUAUGAGUGCUAUCGGUGGGCUGUUAUAUCUUGCAAACUGUACCAGACCAGAUAUAGCUUUUGCUACUAAUCUAUUGGCGAGAUAUAGUUCUGCUCCUACUCGCAGGCACUGGGACGGAAUAAAGCAUGUAUUCCGUUACCUCCAAGGUACAAUUGAUUUAGGGUUAAUGUAUUUUAGAAAACCCGAGUUUGGUAUGGUUGGUUUUGCAGAUGCAGGAUACUUAUCAGAUCCUCAUAAGGCUCGAUCGCAAACCGGCUACGUUUUUACAAUUGGUGGAACCGCGAUCUCUUGGCGGUCCCAGAAACAAACUCUGGUUGCGACUUCUUCAAAUCAUGCUGAAACUAUUGCGCUUCACGAAGCAUGUCGAGAAUGUGUGUGGCUUCGAUCAAUGAGUCAACACAUACAAGAAGCAAGCGGAAUAGUCAAUGAGAAAGAGCCGACGAAAAUAUUUGAAGACAAUUCGGCCUGUGUUGCUCAACUCAAGGAAGGCUACAUUAAGAGCGACAGAACAAAGCACAUCCCUCCAAGAUUUUUCUCGUACAUAAGGGAACUCGAGAAAAAUAAAGAAGUGGACAUUGAGUAUGUACGUUCAUGUGAAAAUCCGGCUGACUUGUUCACCAAAGCUCUUCCAACUACAACAUUCCGAAAACACGUCUACGGUAUCAGAAUGCGGCAUUUGCGUGACCUUUGAAGAAAAAGCUAGGUCCACUAUUCUCAGGGGGAGAUUACGGACAGUGUACUCUUUUUCCCUUGUCAUGGUUUUUGUCCCAAUGGGUUUUUCUAUGACUAGGUUUUUAACGAGGCACUACGUAAUACAAGUUUGGAUAAUCAAGGGGGAGUGUUAUGAGAUAAGAUUUUAGAUGAUUAUCCAUUUACGUAUUAUAUUAUUAUUUCUCCUCUAAGUCACCAACUGAUGUCAUUGUUUAAUAUUUUCUGAUUGCUAUAAAUAUGUACUCUCUCCU